UCACAGCAGAGGCAGGGAGCUAUUGUCAUGUGAUUUGCUUGCUUUUCUUGAAACUGGCUGCCCUUCUUUUAAAGAUUUCUUUUCAACCCCAUUUUUCUGGAUCAUCCAGGUAAAUCCCCAACCCGGCUUCACCGUAAAGGUAGAGAAAGUGAAAGCAUAAAGUUUCAGAGUGAAGGACAUAAAAGAACGGAAGAGAGCUGCCAGAGUAUUUUCUACCUAAGCUACGCAGGUGGAUGCCACAUUUAACGGCAUGAGAAGUCACAAAUGAUGGACAAGUCUACUGAAAACCCAGACGAGGAGGACAGAGUGUCCCUCAAGAGCAACGGGAACGCGGCGGGCAACGGCGGCACAAAGGAGACGCUGGGCAUGCUUAAGUCGUUCAGGAGGAGCAUCCGGCGGGCGGCCGAGAAGAGCCCGCUGUCGUCCGGAGGCAAGUGGGCAAAGGUCACCGCUGGCAACGAGUCGGGGUCACAACCGCCUCCGUCUCCCAGUCUGAGCGCUGGCUCUCCGGUCACGUCUCCUCUGAAGAACACCGGAGGCUUUUUCUACAAUAAAGAGGAGGACGACAGCGACGGCGUUGCACAGAAAGGCAAAGGUCUGAAACGCUCAAAGACAGAUCCAAACAUGGAGGUGACUGGCCAUCUUCUCUUUUUUUCUCUCCCAGUGAUGCAGAUCAAUAACCUGAUAGAGACAGAGGUGCUGGAGGAGGCUCACCUGAACCUGCUCGCCCUGCGCCAGGAGUUCCAGAAGGAGCGGGAGCAGUGUGGCGAGGACUCCCCUUUGGAGCUGGCCAAGAAGGAAAAGGACCUCAACCUCCUUUACGGAAACCUGAGGGACAAAGUAAACAAGAUUGUGCGCGACUCCAACUCCCUUCCCUCCAGGAACAAGGGGCUGCUGGUACCCGUGGCACGCAUCAUCCAAGAGGAGGACAGGCGAGCGGAGGAACCCGGCGGGCUGCAGGGCAGCUGGCUGGAGGCCUGGAGGGAGGCGGUGGGGGAGGGGGUGCAGUCGAAGGUGCAGAGUGUUCACCUGGAACCCAGGGAGCAGAACGCCUCCUGGCUGGCAGUCCAUCUGGCCCUGCUGGGUAAGAGCAUCGUGGAGGAUUUGGAGAAGGUGAAGAAGGAGCUGCGAUGGUCGUACCCACCCAGCUUUCAAGUCUUCAGCACCUACGUGAGGAGUUAUCACCGAGUGGUCGGGCAGCACCUGAAGAAGCUGGAGCCGCAGGUGACGGAGCUGAAGGACCUGUACGCUCUGCUAGACUGGAUCAUCAACUGCUACAAGAGCGAGAGGAUCAUGGGAAGUCCCUCCCUGCAGCCGAACAUGAAGGAUGAGAGCGCUGAUCUGCAGCUGCAGGACGGCCUGCUGAAGCAGCUGAAAGACAAGUACUGUCACAAAGUGAAGGAGGACAUGAAGUCUUCCCUGGAGAGAAUCAUUGAACUUGAAAAUGAGGACGUUUGGAAGGACAGAAGGACCCCCGAGAAGGAGGAGGACUUCCUCAACUCUCCGUUUCACAUGGACAUCUGGACGAAAGUGAAGGGGAAUGCUAUAAACUCUCGACGGAUUGAUGCUCAGCUGGAACAGGAAGUGAUCUCCUCCUGCCUCCAAGCAUUGAAAGAGUUCCCCAAGAGAUUCGAGGCGGAGUUCAGCCGUCACUGCAGCGCUCUCAGACCGAAGCCUCUUUGGACCGAGUACCACAUCACAUACAUCAACAGCUUCUCUGCUUUACAGCAGCACAUGGACGGGUACCAGGACACCUGUCCCAGAGAGGUGGAAGGCUUCAGGAAAGAGGCCAAGUGGCUGAUUAUCAGGCUCAUCCAGGUGCUGGAGGACCAGUACAAAGAUGAAGUCAAGCUGUACCUGAGGAGAAUGAUGACGAGGAAGUGGCUAACCAAUGACGAAGACUUUAAGCAGCUUUACAGUCGGACAGAGCUGCUUUCUGAACACUGCGCUCUGAUGAGGCCUCCACAUGUCCAGGAGUUGGCGAGCCGACUGCACUACCACGUGGUGAGGGAGUACGUCGGCCAGCUGAUGAUGAAUAACUACUCGUGCAAGAACCGGAAACACGAGAAGGCGGCGAGCAAGAUCCGUGUGCAGUGGGGAAGACUCCGAAAUCUGUUUGAGAACAUGAAUUCGACUCACGAGUGGCUCUACGCCGUAGGAGACGACCUGAGCAACAUCAUCAUACAGAAAAACAAGGCAGACAUAAAGAGCCAUCUGCAGCCUUUGGUGGAGCAUUACCCUGACUUCAGCAGGAAGCACCUGGUUGCUGUCCUGUACUUCAGAGGUCUACUGAGAGGCCGCGAACACCAGCUCAUCCUCCAGCGGCUCAUGGAGCUCAAAAAGAAACUGGGCAGCGGCGACAAGAACCGAGUUUUAUUCAGUGACAUGCAGGUCACCGUCAACACAGACUGCUUGUCCAACCUGCCUUUCUCCUGCCUCAGCUCCCUGCUGCCCGACAACUAGUGCAGCGUGGAGGACCAGUCGCUGAGUGGAGGAAAACCAAAAGCUCCAGAGGUGGACUUGUGACAGAAAAAGUUACAGUUUUUUAAGCUGGUUGACACAAAUGAAGGUCCUUGCUCUCAAACACAGCCAUCUAAACUCAAACAAACUGCAGCUUUUGCACAGAAUUAGGUAUACUCCAUGUUUCUCAGGCGAACACUUCACAAUCUACCCAUCACUACAUCGUUGACAGUAGAUUUACAUAUAAUUCAACCUUGCACACAAUUCACAGACUUAUAUAUGAUUUGCUGGAUGAUAACUUUCAAAUGUAUAACUUAUUCUGAACACACAUAGCUGGUCUUCUGUGUGACAUCAUCAUCUCUCUCGCUCUCUUUCACUCGCUGUCUGUAAGCUGCUCACAUUGUUCGCCUUCUUCUAAAAUGUUAGGAACACUUAAAAACCAGAAAAACACAAGACAUUAUACAAAUAUAUGUAUCAAAUAGACCAGCGGGUGUUUCCAACGCGGGACAUUUGUUUGCAAUGUUUUGUGUUUGACAAAAUGCAGCGUGAACCAACCGCUAACCCAACCAACCUUCCGUUCCACUAUGCCACCAUGGGACCUUAUUUUGGAAAAAAUAUGUACGGCUGUAAACAGUGAGGCACAAAUCUUUUUUUGUUGAUCCUGUAUGUACUGUGCCAUGAAUUGCACAAUGCACGUAUGGUGUUCGUCAAUUUGAAAGAUAAUUUAGCUAGUCAAGAAAGUCACAAUUUGUGUUAAACUGUGACUUUCUUGACUUUCUUCUUGUCAGAGAUGUAGAGAUUUGCGUUGGAAAGUUUUGAGCUAAACACAUCGUUUUGGUCUUUUCAUGGGAUUUCGCGACAGAAAAAUAUAUUCACACCAGCCGUAGCCUUUCAAUGAAGUUUAAAUAAAGUAAAAAUGAAUCUCAUAACACAUGGCCACUGUUUUUACACUAAAAGCCUCCUCUCACACACUGACAAAUGUAGAAAUUCCACAUGUUACUACUUACAAAGCAUAUUAAAUGGGACGCAUGUGUCUGUAAUGUGUUACUCACAUUACAGUAAGUGUUUCCAGCAUUGUGAGCAACUGCAGGAUGGUUUUCUGGGUGGAAAACUUUUCACCAACUAAUCCAGAUAACAUUCACUCACAAAGGUUGUGUAAGCUGAAUGAAUGUGAAGCUCAAACAAAUAAAACCCAGGUUUAAACAACUUCGACAAUUA